AUGUCAGAGUCCUCGACUUCAGGGCGAUGUGCCUGGCUGGUCGUGGAAGGGCUGCGGGCGGAGGAGAAGGCUGCCGAUUUUGACCGCCAGGGCCAGUCGGCACAGGCCGCUCUUCAUCAUAGCAGAGCUGCGUCAAAAUUCAAAGAGGCAGCAGAGAUUUGCCCUGAUGCAGACCGCGAAGAACUGGAGGGUCAUGCCCAGGACAUCACUGCGAGGGCAGUGUACCUCGAAAGUUUGGGUGGGAUGCCUCCGUCAAUGCCACUGGAGGAUCAUAUCGGAGAACUUUCGAUCAGCUUGGAUCUUUCGGUGGCUCAACAGCCACAAGAUGAGCAAGUGCCGGAGCUCCUGGCACGCUCAGGAGUGACCGGUGCAUCGGCGGAACUCUGCGACAGUGGGCUGCAACUUGUGCAAGCCCUGAAGAGCCAGGAAGAGAUGCAAACCUUCAUCCUACGCAUAUUGGCUUCUACCUGGCGGAAGGUGAAGGAUGAUGAAGCUUCGGCCCCGGAGUUCGUCGGGCCAAAUUUGCAAAGGACUUCGGUGCAGGAGCUUGAAGGGCUGGUGGGCAACUUGAGGACUGGCCACGAGUUCUUGUGUUUCAAUGGAGUGCAAAUUGGAAAGACCUGGAUCUUCUCGUUCGUUCCGUUGUUCGCAUGGAGGGUUGCGGAUCCAUGGCUGAUGUGUCCAUCCUCCCUACGGGGAGCCGCUUGGACCAGCGCACUGGGCAGCCUCGAGGAUGUGCGCCGCGCCUCGGCGCGGCCGCACAUCGCGGUGCUGGGAUCACUGCAGUGCCGCUGCGAGCGCGCGGGCCGGUGGACAGCGGUGCUGAGGAUCUUGGAUCUCAUGCAAGGCAUGUUCGGGCUGCGUGCCGACAUCACCGCCUUGGGCAGCUGCCUCAGUGCGUGCCGUUGGACGAUGGCUUUGCAACUGCUGGGAACGGCAGGUCACUGGAACAUCCAGCUGAGUGGCAUCGCAGUCAACGCGGCGGUGUCCGCCUGCAGCCGGGGGCACCAGUGGCUGGUGGCCCUGGGAUCCCUGGGAUCCCUGGCAGGUGUGGUAGAUGUGGAUGGGCUGACCCAAAUCAAUUCGGUGGCCAAGGCGUGUGAGCAUGGGCUACACUGGGAUCGAGUCUUGUCUCUGAUGGCAGGAAUGGGAUGCAAAAUGUGCCAGCCAGAUGUCUUCAGCUGUUCCACUGGGGUCAGUGCCUGCAGCAGAACGGAGCAUUGGGAGGAAUCCAUGGAUCUCUGGAGGGAACUGCAACGCAGAUGGGUGCAGCCCAAUGAAGUUGCGUAUGGAGCAGCUUGUGCUGCAAGCCGCCUGGGGUCCUCCGAAGCUGCCCUGAAGCUUCUGGCGGAGAUGGAGCAGAGACGCUUGGUGAAAAAUCUCAUCAUUUGCAACAUCCAAUUGUCGUCCUAUGCAGAUGGAUCCAAUUGGCAAGAAGCCUUAUCCCUUCUGGAUCAGAUGUUGAAGGUCGGCCCUGCACCCAACUUGAUCAGUCUCAGGCAGGUGGCUGCGGCAGCCGCCGCUGCUUGUUGUCUCCAAAGUCGAGGAUUGUUCAAUCGCCUGCAGAGAUUGAUAGAUGAAGUCCUUCCUUCCCUCAGAACUCCAGCUGAAAGAUCUGAAAGAUCUGAAAGUCGAAAAACUUUCUCCUCCCUGGUGUUGGUGAACUCAGCCAUCGAGGCUUUAGAACUGCUGGAAUCUCAUGAUUCGCUCGGAGAAGGAAGUGUGAUGGCCCUCCAGGACCAAAUGCGGCCAGUUUUGACAAGAUUGCAAGGACUGCAGGGGAUUUUGCCAGCGAUGAGGUCUAAAACUGGAGAGGCAGAUUUGGAGUCGCUUCGCUUGGAGAGUUUCUUCAACCUUGGCACCUCCAAACUUCUGCACUCCUCCCUAGUGACCUUGCGCCUGGCUCGGUUGGGGCUGCCCUGGCUCUGCGUGGCCAGGAGCUGUGCUCGGGAGGUGCACGGUGAAUCCACCGUGUCAUGGGAGCCAGAGGCUCAAGUGGUGCUGGCGUGGCGUGCUGCACAACUGCUGGUGGAGGUGACUGAUGGAACUGAGUUCGCGCUUCAACGGGGAAACUCCGUGCUGCUCUAUGGCAGCUGCCAUGGCCAGUGGCUGAUGCCCAUCCUGGUGGAGCAUGAUCGUUCCAAGCACGCUGAACGCAGGAUUUUGGUGGCGCUGAUCGCAGAAGUGGUCAAGUUGAACGAUGUCCAUGCCCUGGGCGGACAACUUUCCACAGAUUUGUAGAGGUGUAAAGCAAGGAGUCAGCAAACGGGAAGUUUCAGCAGCUGGACUUGAUUCUGCGGGAUUCCUCAUUUGUUUUGCCUAAUUUUGCGGUGAAGCGACGAAGUGCAGACUUGUAGUUCUGCUCUCCUGGAAGUGAAAGACGCCUCUGUGCUGGCUUUGCUGAAUUGAAAGUCCUUUGUCCAUGUCAACUGGAGGUAGAGCUGGGUCAGAAUGUCAGUUUGACGUGCCAUGGACCCAAAUGCCAGGAAUCGUUCGGUCUGAAGUAUUGUGAAGUGGCAAUGGAGAAGCCAGAGCCAGAGCCAGAGCUGGCACGAGAAGCACAAGCGGGGCCAGAGGUGGUGUGUUUGUGUUUCCAUCGCUCCUCAAGAACACGUUGGUUUGCGCAAUCGAUUUUGCAUUUUGAACUCAAGUUACUGGCCUGCGUUGUCGACACCGGUAAGCUGAUGCACUUAUACCAGAAGACGAAAGGACUCACAGGCGUGUGCAACAUCGUUGGACCGCAGUGGUUGCGGUGUUUUUUCCAGCUCAGUGAAGAAAAGAGUUGCGCGGUGUUGCGCGGUUCUUUUUUAUCGAUCCCAUUUGCAUCAUGGAUGCAUUGGAUACACAUUUCAUUAUUUUCAUUACCAUUUGCGAAGCAGUGGGAAAAUCCGAUAGGACAGGACAGCGAACUCCAGUGACCUGAAUUGGCAAAACCCUUGCGACUCCUGCAUUGGGAGAAAGCGGAAUACUUUGCGCGGCAUGUCACGGCAUGUCACGGUAGCUUGUUGGCGUCACUUGUGGCUGAAAACUGAAUUCCUUGGCAUAGCCUUAGAUCGUUGCGUUCACAUGGCUACUUCCAAACAUGUGCAGAUCCCUGUGCCAUUGCAGAAAGUGAUGACAGUGCUACGACGGCUGGGCAUCACAACAUCAUGAACCACCUUGCUACAUCUUGCUAGUUGCAUUCUGAAACAAAGCAAUCAAAAUUGGACAACGGCUGGAGGACCUACACGAAUGGUUGGCUGCAAUGAUACCCACCACAACGCUUACGCUAUCUUGAGCUUGAACGCAGACCCGCAACAGCAUGGAAAUCUUUGGUAAUGUGCUCCUCUGAUCUUAUCACGGUUUCGCUUCAGCUGCGAGAUGAAUGUUGGAUUGAGCAGAUUUGGACGGGCUACUGGUGCAAAUUAUUUCUUAGCAGCCCACCUGCUCUCUUCUCCUGAUGG